AUGAAACCAAACCUUUCUGCGUUCCUAUUAUUGUUCCUUCUCCUUCUCCACCAAGCCCUUUUGGCGAAUGCGGUUCCUCCUGUUUAUAAAAUUCGCCAAAUUGGCCAAAUCGGAUACAAGUGGGGAAAAAGAACUGCCAAAACGGUUUUUGACUAUAUCCACCAACACAACUUUUCUUCUCCACAACAAAACCAAACACUACAGAAAAUCGAAGGCUUGUCUCGAAUCAAAGAGUACUUUUAUAACUUUGGCUACCUUCAAUUUUCUGAGACAUUCGACGAUUUUUUGGACCAGCCAACAGUAUCAGCCAUCCAGACCUACCAGCAAUCUUUCAAUCUCACAGUUACCGGCAAACUAAACAACGAGACAUUACAACUAAUCUCACUACCCCGAUGUGCUGUCCCCGACAGGAAUUUCGACUACGGCUUCACCGAAAACGUGUCGUGGCCCAAAGCCGGUAACCAGUGGUCCCAAAAGAAAAACCUCACGUACGGUUUUCUGCCGGAAAGUGAUAUCCCGGACAACGCCAUGAAAGUGUUCGGACAGGCAUUCACGCGGUGGGCGAAUGCCACAGGGCUUUUGAACCUCACGCAGACAAAGUACGAUGACGCUGACAUUAAGGUUGGAUUCUACGUACUCGAUGACAUCUAUGACUUUGACGUCGAUGUGUUUGGCAUCAGCUUUAUAAGGGAGGAAUCUCCGUUAAGCGUGAAGACGGCGGAGAUACGUCUCAACGCGAACAGGUCCUGGGCGCUGCCCAGUGAAAACAACAGCUUGUCGUGGGAGGAUGAUGUUCUGGACUUGGAGAGUGUGGCGAUGCAUGAGAUUGGACAUUUACUUGGACUUGACCACUCUUUCUUGAAUGACUCUGUUAUGUACCCUUACAUUUUGCCAUCACAACAACGAAAGAUACAACUCUCCAACUCCGACAAGACCAAGAUUCUUCAACAGAACAUUGAAUCCAAUUCUGGUUAUUGUGGAAGUUGGAGAGUUCUUGUAAUUACCACCUUGUCCCUUGGAUUUAGUUAUAUGGUGCUUCUAGCUUGA